AUGGGCCGAACGUCCUUGGAGGCGGUUCUUGGAAUGUUGACCGACCCACAACGAGUGUGUCAUGCGAUGCGGACAGUUGUACCUUCACUUUUCCUGUGGCCAACACAAGCUCAAAUAUUGGGAAAAGCAGAUGAAGAAAGACUUCUCAAGGACAGAAAACUUGUUCUGUUGGUUGACUUGGAUCAAACAUUAAUACACACGACAAAUGAUAACAUUCCAAACAAACUUAAGGGCGUGUACCAUUUUCAGCUGUACGGUCCAAGGUCACCCUGGUACCACACAAGGCUUCGGCCUGGUACUCAACAGUUCCUGUCCAAAGUGAGUCGCCAGUACGAGCUGCAUAUAUGUACGUUCGGCGCACGCAACUAUGCUCACAUGAUCGCUCACUUCUUAGAUCCUGAUGGCAAGUUCUUUUCACACAGGAUACUCUCACGUGAUGAAUGCUUCAACCCUAACUCAAAGAUGGCCAAUUUAAAGGCCUUAUUUCCUUGUGGAGAUGAGAUGGUUUGUAUAAUAGAUGACAGAGAAGAUGUCUGGAACUUUGCUCCGAACCUGAUACACGUUAAGCCCUACCACUUCUUCCAGCACACAGGAGACAUUAACGCCCCACCCGGCCUUGCCAAGGAUGAAAACGAUGAGAAAGAAGGUUUUGAUUUCUCACAGUUUGCUCAAGGUACGUCGAUUAGGCCUAAGGAGCCAGACCCUGAUAAAGAGAAAAUAAAGAAAAAGAAAAAAGAAGACUCCAGUGAAAGUGAAUUGGAAGAAGGAGAAUUGGCUUCGAAAAGUGGAAGUCAAAAUCAAGCUGCUGAAAAAAGGAAAAUGCUGGUGAAGAAAAACAGUGUAAAAAAUGAAAAGGAUAAAGAUGCGGAUAAAGAAGAAAGUGAAAAUAAACCGACAAUAUCAAGCAGUGAAGAAAAAGAAAAUCAGGCGAAGGGAGGUAAAAAUGGUGAAAUAAAAUUGGUAGAACAAGCGAAACUAGUGAAUGACGUGAUUGAAAUUGAAGAGUCCGAUGACUAUCUCAUGUACUUGGAGGAGAUUCUUAGCAAAAUUCACAGUUUCUUUUAUGACAUCCAUGACGGCAAACGUGAUGGAGAUAGAGACAUGAAGAAAGUGAUUCCAGCAGUGAGGGGUGAAGUAUUGGCUGGUACCAAACUGGUAUUUAGUGGUUUAGUGCCCACAAACCAGAGCUUGGAGCAAAGUAGAGCAUACAACAUAGCCCGUAGUCUGGGAGCUGAGGUUUCUAAGGACUUAACAAAGGACUGCACUCACCUUGUAGCGGUUCGUACUGGGACUGCUAAGGUGAAUGCGGCACGGCGUAUGAAAGAUGUCAGGUUAGUGACGCCUGACUGGCUAUGGACAUGCGCAGAACGCUGGGAACGUGUAGAGGAGAUGUUAUUUCCUGUUGGUUGUGAGAAGACGGGGUCCCGUCAUCCCCCACCACACUGUACCAGUCCACCUCAUGGUACACCUGCACCCCGCCUGCGCUCCCCUUCUGGCAGAUUUAUGGACACCAUCAACCCAUUGAUGACCUUCAGUUCAGAGGACAUUGCCGACAUGGAUGCAGAAGUGGAGGAUAUGUGCAAUGAUGAAUCAGACGACAGUGAUGUGGAGGAGAAGCUGACAACAUUAAAGAAGAAACGACGGAAAUCUCCUGAAGGUUUUUUGUGGGAGUCAAGUUCUAGCUCAGCUGAUUCUUUAGCAGGGGACCACAUCAAGGGAUGGGGGAGAAAGCGGCCACGUGAGGAUGGUGGAGGGGAGUCAGAUAAUGAAUCACUGGGUGACAAGUUCCGUCGAGGUGGAGAGUUGCCAAGCGAUGUGGAGAUUAACGACGACAGUGUUGGCAGUGAAGAACCUCCUGACGAAAUCAGUGAUGGCGACUGGAAUAUGAUGGGUGCAGCUCUGGAGCGGGAGUUCCUGGAGGGUGACUAGAUUCCUGUCCUGGAAUCUCUCCGUCUGUGAUAGUCCCUCUGCCUCUUCCCUCUCAUGUUUCACUUGCUCUGUAGCCUCUCUAAGUGUACCCCUCUAUAGUGACACUUGAGAUGAAAAUUUAAGGUCAACUGUUGAACAUAGUUCAUUUGGAUUUUUUUUUAUAUGAAAUUCAUAGAUAAUAUUAGGUAUCUCCCAUUUGAUUCCAGAGUAUAACAAUUCCUUCUCUUUACAAUGAAUGUAUAAUUGAGGCAUUCUACCCUUGGUUUGCCAUUACCCAUACUGAGGUUAACUACAUACUUUGAUGUUUUUAUUUAUUUCGCUAUCUGCAAUAAGAUGCAGUUUCCUAGUUGUUAUUUUUUUUAAAUCUAAAUAUAAAUUAUAUGGCAAGUUAGAAUAUAAAUUUAUCCUAGCCCUUUUUAUUUAGUUAACUUCUAGAAAAUGUUCUGAAAAAUGUUCAGGUUAAUUUUUAACAGGAUGAUUAGUUAUAGGUGAUUUAGUUUUUAUUAUAGUCAACUCAAACAAAACUGGUGGGUUGAGGUCAAGCUUUGAAACAUGUCAUUUGAAUGUAAAAUUGACUUCAUUAACCUGAAACUUAAUUUUUGAUAUUUCUGUUUUCAAUUCAUAUUUAGUUGUAUUUUAUGUUGAUUAUUUUCUGUAUUUACCAAUUAUUUAAAUCAAUUACAUAUGUUACUUAUAACAAACAUACACAAAAUUAAAAUGUAUAACACAAAGUAAGGAUAGUAAACAUUUACAUAUAGUACUGUUAUUACUGAAUAAAAUACAAGAAUGCAGUACAAUUAAUUUUAUAUUUCAUUUUGAAUCUGUGCUGAAUUUACUGUCUUCCAGCAAUUCUAUGGUCAUGUUGGAUAGCAACAUCAAAUUCCUUCGGUCACAAAGUCCUGUUCCUGUUCAUCAUUUAUAUACUUUAUCCAAUCAUCAGCAGUUUAAUUCUGCAAUGCUUCCUUCAUUAAUAUUUAAAUCGCUUAUCUUGAAUAUUUUGUUUGUGUUCGCUAAUUCUCAUUUACUUUAGUCCAUAUCAAUUCAAGGGGAUUGUACUGACAAAGAUAAGAUGACAAUUGGUAACUUCAUAUCCCAUCCGUGAUGCUACAAUAUAUAUCUUUUUUAUCUACCUUAAUGAAAUCCAACAGCUCAGUUAACAAGAGAUCUGGUUUGUGAGGAAUGUGUUUACCUUAACAUGUCCGUUAUGGAGAUAUUGCUGGUGUGUCUUAGGACCUCCGAGCACAAUAUGCAUGUUGCUCUAGUCCUGUAGAUAUUUUGCACAUGUAUCGGUUAGAUGUUCCCACAGUGUGGAGUAAACCUUCUGAAACAAUAUGCAUGAACUGUCAGUGUGUCCCAUUGUCUAGCAAUAUAACACUCCUCAGUGUGGCUCAGUCUCUGGUGGUAAAUGAUUUGGUUUUGUUACAUGUUGCUUUGGGUCUGUAGGUAUUUCAAACGCGUGUCGGUUUGCUGUUCCCAUAGUGCAGAGUGGACCUCCUGUGAUUCGUGUGAAAUGUUCUAAUUAUCUGCAUCUGGUUUUAUGCAUUAUUUCGUAUGUUACACAUACUGGGUUUACAGGGGAUUUAAUCCACUUCUACGUUUGCACAGCCAGUUUUAGGCAAUGAUGAAGAAGAAGUUGAUGUUUACACUGCAAUCCGGUCCCGUGCAGCAAAUGGUUGGUGACGCUGACACAGAUGAUUCCAAACAGUAAGGAAGUGAAGGUGACUCGGAUGUGGACAACCACAUCGUGUAUUUACACUGCAUGUAUGAGACCCAUACAGAUUGAGUGGAUUGACACUCUUCUAGUGCCCAUAGAAGGAGAUGGGCCAAACAAGUAGGUGCGCGGGGACAGUGGUCCAAUGUUGUACCAUACGGCUGAUUACCAUCUGUCCUCAAAAUGAUACGUCACAAUUUUAUGGAAAUACACCUUCAAAUUCAGAUUUGGAUAUCAAUCCCCAGGCUCAUAGACAUAAAAUCUUAAGUUUUAUCACAUUAAAAUUUCUUUAGUAUUCUGUGAUCCCUAUAAGCAAAAAUUUUGCAGUGAAUGUGUUAAACCAAAUGAUUACGCCAGCUUUCAUAGUUUGAUUGUGGGCAGUAUAUGUAGAAUGAUAACUUACUUAUCCAUUACUAUUACUUUGAUCAUAAUUCUUCCAGUUCUUUCAGCAUGCCAAUAAAUUGCUGUUCAUUUCCUAAUAGUUGUCAGUUAAGGUUUUGCCUUUCUUACCAUAAAACACCAGCUUUGCUGUAGAUAGAGCUUAUAUUGGUCACUGUUAAAUUACAUUAAAAUACAAAACCAAUUCCAAAAUUCCAUAUUUUUCCAAUCCAGCAUGACAUAAUAUUAGUCCUGGUCCCUCACCUAAAGACACCUUGAAUUUGAAUCCUACCAGAUUUUAUUUUGAAUUUGAGUUGUUCAUGUUUUAUCAAGGUAUAACUGAUCUUCCCAAUUUGUCUUUUCUUUCAUUGUGUAUCUACCAUAGAUUUAGUUCUUAAAACCAGUUUUCUCCCCUAAAACGUCUUUUAACUGUGCAAUAGUUAAAUAUUUUCCUUUUUAUAAAGAACUUGUUCUUGAACUGUUCUUCAAAAUGAUUAAUGUUGAUUACACUUUUUUCAGUUCUGAAAAUUUAUUUCUCCAACACUUUUCCCAUGAAAGGCUUUGAAACAAAAUCUUUGGGCACUUUGUAAUGAUACUUAUACACUGCAGCAAUACAUUCUUGAGUUUUCUUCAAAAUAUCACCAACACAGUAAUUAGGUCUAUUUGUAACAAUAUCUUUUAAAAACAGUAAACACUAUGAUAUAUGAUAUAAUUCAAAAGACCAGACAAGUCAUGUCGACUAAUCUGAUUUAUAAUGAUAUUUUAAAUAUUCCCACAAAACAAAACCAGUAAUAAGUAAAAUAGAAAUAAAUAAUAAAGAAAAAAGAAUCUAAUCUUAGAUCUCAACAAAUAAAUCCUAACUUAGUCAUACAGGGUUGGUUCUACUAAUUCACUUGCAUUGUGCACUAUUUACAAUUGUCACCCCAUCCCUUUUUUCCUUUUCCCCAUAGUUUAGAUAUUUCUUUUGUACAAUCUGAGUUGAUCUGAAAAAAUUUUCAACUUUCCCAAACUUUGUUACAUGAACACAGGAUUAGAUAACACUCAAGUGCAAACUUUUCUGUGCUACUCGGCUAUUUUCACACUGAUUUCCACAAGUGUCAAUCACCUCACAGUGAGAUUACAUACAUGUAGUACAGGAUUAGGAGUCACUCAACUGCUAGCCUUUCUAUGAUGUAGUAAUAAUUCUACAUUUAUCACUCCAAUGAUUACAAACAGCAGUUAAAUUAAGUUGAGUGAUUUAAUAUCUUUCAUUUGUGAUAAAAUCUCUUAAUACUCUAGUGCAACUUUAACCUCCUUACUGGCCAUUACCUAUAAUUUAGUUGGAGUGUCACAUUUGUUUUUAUUAUGUAUUAAACCACCAGUUAAAACAUUAACACCCAUAAUUAGUUGCUUGCAUGUUCAUAAGGAAACUAAUUAACAAAAACUUAUAAUUCAAAGAAAGUUUCCUGGUUUAAUGUAAUAAAAUAGUAGUUGGUGCCAACGACUAUAAUGGCACUAUAUUUCAGUAUUUUAAAUAUUGAUACAAAUAAAAAUGAAUGUGUUCAACAGUAUUGCAUAUCAAUCAAAAGCUUAAAUUAUCAGCUAUUAGAUAGUGUUAAUUCAGUAAAAAGGGAUUAUUUUUCAAAAAAUAGUUACAUGUUUUUUUUUUUUAAAGUUUUUAUGAAUGAAUUUAUAGAUUUAUAGAUAGACCUCAGUAGUACCUUAAGAGAGAGUCAGUAGUCUCAUGAUCUUAUGUGUUGGACUUAGGAUCUGAGUUGAAAAUAGCAUAGGUUCAAAUCCUGUCUGUGACUGUUGCACUUUUUGUCAGUACUAUCGAACUUGUAAUGUACUGACUCUCCUUAUUCUGUUUGAUAAGAUUCUCUCCCAGGCUAGUGGCCCUUAAGGACAGGUAGAAUAAGGCUGAAAAGGAUCAGCUCUUACCUUAAAUUACUAAAAAAUAUAUAUACCCAUCCAGUAAAACAUAGAUUUGUAAGACUUUUAUCAUAACAAAUGUUGAAGUAACAUGUAAAAUAUUAUUUUAUUGCUCAUGUAUUUUUGUCAGUUUACAGUUUUUAUAAGUUGUAGCAUAUUUUUUAUUUUCUUAUAAAUACGUUAUUUUACAAUUCCUAACUUAUUUAUAUAUGCAGUUUUUUGGAUUUAUUGAUUGUUUAAAAUAUUUUUGUAGGUGCCAGUUUUACAGAAAUGAAGGUACAACAAUAGCUAAUUUUUUUUCUUUCUUUAAUAAUAACCAAAUUCUUCAUCCCAUGUGAAAACCACUUUAACAACUAUACUUUUUAGUAAACAUGCUUCAAAACAGUUAAAACAUCUUUGUAGGCAAAAUAGGGCUGCCAUCACAGGAAAAAUAUAUGGCAAGUUUGGGACAUGGAUGAACCGAUACAUUUUAUUCUCAAUUUGAUUAGUUCUGUGUAAACAUAUUUAUACAAAAAUAUUACAUUAAAAUAGUAUUGAAUUUUCAAUAUUUAUGGAACUAAGAUAUCACAUACUCCAGUGCAAAAUAAUACAAGACUAGACUGAAUUUAUUUGGCAAUCGAAACAAGGUUACUUCCCUGGAUCUCUUCAAGGUUGUAAACACCUGGAAAGUUCUCAAAGUCUCAUAUUGUGGUGCUUGCAGACCCUGUCCAUCUUCAUUAGAAACUCUAUGGUACAGUAGCAGCUUUUGAUGUGUGGAGACUAACUUUUAUUAGUUAAUGACAAAAUUCAUCCCAAUUUACAAACCAAGUAAUUGUUAAUGAUUUUAUUGAUUUCUAAUAAGAAAAAGAAAAUAAUAAUAUCUGUCCCUUUAUUUCAACAUUCAAAAAUCUGCUAACUUCUAAAUUUAUUUACAUGCAGUUAUAAUAUUUGAAUCCCCUCUGCUUUCACUUCUUUGGAGCCACCCUGAACUUAGGAAAUUCAAAAUCUACAACAUUUUCUGUAUUACAGUAUUUGAAAAUGUAGAUUGUUGAGCAUACUUAAGAUCUUAAGUUUUGGGUUCAUCUUAAAUAAACUAGUUGUAACUUAAAAUACAUAUAAGUGAACUUGAUAUGGGAAAUUGUCAGUGUUAAAUAAUAACUUAGUUAAUUUAUUUUUGAAUAUUUUCCACUACUAUUUUGAGGUAACUUAUGUUAUUUUUGUUCAUAGGUUAUUGUUUAUAUUUUAAACUUAAGACAAGGAUACCAGUAGACCUAUAUUAGUACUUAAAGAGUAGACUUAACUUUGAUUUCUACAUUAUUGUUUACUCUCUUGACUUAAGAACCUUGUAUUAUAUAAAAUGUAUUGUAAAUUAUGUAUAUUUGAAGAAAGUCAUAAUGGAUGAUUUCACAGUUUGUAGCUGUCAGUCAGGUAUGGUGGAUUGUUCUCUACUUUAUGUUGCUGUAUUGAUAUUUGGGCCCUUUGCACUCCAUUUGGAAACAACAUAGCAGUCAUAUUUUCAUUAGAUCAAAAGCUACAGAUAAGGUUCACCACAGUUAACACUUUUUAAGUACAUUACAAAUCUAUGACUUCUCCAGAGCCACAUUUUAUGGAAAAAAAACUAUACCAUAGCUUUAAACCUUUUUUUAUUUUGAAUUCUGUGAGGAAUUAAUUGAAUUUUUUAUCUGUUUAUUAAGUUUCAUCAACAAAUCAAAAUGCAUAUUUGUAAAUAAAAAAUCAUUUCCAAAUAAAAAAUCCUACGAAAAGUAUUUUUUUUUAAUGUAAUCCAAAUAUAAUUCUAAUAUAUGCAAACAAAAAUACAAAAUAGGGUAAAUUACUUAAAAGCAAAAUAGGAACAUCUUAAAUACUUAGUUAAUAAAGAAGAGAAUAGUUUGGCUCUCUGAAAACUUCUAUCUCAGACAAAUAUGUGAGAAAUAUUCAAACAAACAAAAAUGUGGCUGCUGAUUAUAAAACAUCAUGGAAACAUUAGUUACAGCCAGUGGAUUCCAUAGGCUCUGGCUAGCAUGACUAAAGUCUUCUUGUCACCGGUUUAUUACUGUAUCUACAUAGUUUUUCAAAGAAAUAAAAAAGUAUUGUAGUUUUGUGUCCCUUGGUUUUACGAGAUCUUAAGACUAUUUGGUUUGUGUUUCAGUUAGAUGUAAUAUUGCAGACAUGUAAAAGUCUAGAGAACAUAUACUUAGUGUAUGUUGUCUAUGGUAUAGUCUUGAUCCCAACAGAGUGUUAGUGACUGUCAGUAGGUUAGCCUAGGAACUAUUGGCAGUUGAAUAACACCAAUUAAAUACCAGAAUUUGGUAGUAAGUUGAUGUCAUGCCCGUACACAAGAGUAUUCUGUAAGAUAGAGUAACAAAAUCUUACACUUAAACUAACUUAAAGCAUGGUAUAACUAUUUUUUCAAAGCUAAUUAUUUGUUUCUCAUAAGUAAAAAAAUGUUAAUUACAUUUAAAGUUGUUUUGAAGAGUAUUCUUCAUUAGUUUUGGAAAUAUAAUGCCUAUAAUAUAAAAUAUAAAGACACAGAAAACAAAAAUUGAUGGAGAAUUGUUUAACAGUUUUAAACAUUUGUUGUUAACAUAGGUAUAUGUAACUCAAAAUAAAAAUGUAUACAUUAUAAAACGUAAUAUCAUAUCAAUCUUUUUUAAUGGCUGAACUAGCUGCAAUUACCUAUAGCAUUUAUUCCACCAUUAUAAUACAAUCCUGUGAUAAAAUAUGUGAAUUAUAGCACAAGUUAGGACAAAACAAGGUAGUUUUAUAAUUUGUCUGAUUACUAAUGUGUUUUAUCAAUGUACCAAGUACGAUUUAAGGUGUUACGUACAUGAAGAAUUAAUAAGACAUAGCUUUGUUAUACCAGGAACACACAGUUAUGCAAAGCACAUUAUAAGAAUUAGACUUAGUUCUCUGUGUACUAUUGUGCUAUUAGCCUGUUUUCCAUUAAGAAUGUAUUACAUUCUAAGGCUAUAUGUAAAGAACGCCAACCUCACUGUAGAUGAAUAUUAUGUGUGUAUAGAAUGCCACUGCUCAGUUUUUGUAUAUCAAUACCAACAGAAAGCAAAUUUUAAAUAGCAAUUCGACUUUUCUAAAUUUUGACUACCCGAAAUAGCCUUCAUCCCACCAACUUCAAAUAAUCGCAUCCAUAGUGUAUUAGCAAAAAAUCAGCUGUUUCUCACCAACUGUUAGUAAUUCAUUGCCCAAAAAUAAAUUCCAAAUACGUUUUAUGGGGACCGAAUUGUAUGAAUUUUCAUCUAAGUUAAACCUAAGCAUUAAGAUACAUGGGUUUUGGUUUCUCACUGUAAUGGUUGAAUACAGCUGAAUCUCAGUUUCUAAUGACAAAUUCCAUCCCUUUAGUAUCCAAUGGUGACUGAUCUGCACAAAUCAGGAGGCUCCAUAUCUUAGUAAGUCAACAAAGUCAUCCCAAUGUUAAGUAAUAUAUUUAUUUGUAGAACAAAACUCUAUGUACACAACAACAUUUAAAAAAAAUUAUAGUUGGGAGUUGUGUAGUGAAAAAUCUUAAAAGUUAUUCUCAUUAGAAUUUUGAAAUGCAAAGGGUUACAAGAUUAAUGACCAAUUGUAUGCAAUUGUAGAGCAACAUAUUAUCUUCUAACAACCCUGCACACUAAUAAAUGCUUAGAUAUUCUGAAGGAAUUGGUAUGAACUAGUCAGUUAUAAAGAAUGUUUAGUUUGUACAGUAGUUUGCAGAUAAAAAUGUUUAAUUGUUGCCGUCAUGAACUUUCUUCUUGUAAAAAUGUUGUUGACCCAUAUACAAACUAAUGUAAAUAUAUUUGUAACCAAUAGUUGUAAAAAGUUGUGUUUGUGUUAUUGAAACAUACAAAUUGUAUACAAAUAAUGAUGUUCUGCUCCAAAUGUUAUUUGAAUUUUCUGUUAGAGAUAUCUAUCUUUUAAGUCCCAUCCAUUGAAUGUAUUUUAAAUGUUUUUAAGAUAAUAAUUUCUCAAUAAACUGUUUAUUUUCUACAUUA